GUAAACAGUGAUGGCGGCGAGGGUCCAGCUGGCCGCCUGCUGUUCCUCCGCCCUCCGUGCCGCCCUGCCCCGCCACACGAUGCUGCUCCAGAAGUUGUCAUCGGGCUUCACAUUGCGUCCCGGCAGCUGGAGGCCCGUCAGCAGCCUGCCUCGGGAGAAGAAAAAGAAGGUGGCUGAGGGGCCUUCUCUCGAUGACUUCAUAACAGGCAAGGUGACCAAGGACACCAGCUGGGUGGACUAUGCCGGCAAGCUGAAGAGGCAGGCCGGGGAGACAGACCGGCUGAGGCUCCCGCCAUGGCUCAAGAGAGAGAUCCCGGUCGGCAAGAACUUCAGCAAGUUGAAGACAGACCUCCGUGGGCUCAAGCUGCACACCGUCUGUGAGGAGGCACGCUGCCCCAACAUUGGGGAGUGUUGGGGGGGCAACGAGGACAGUGUGUCAACGGCUACAAUCAUGCUCAUGGGAGACACGUGUACGAGGGGUUGUCGUUUCUGCUCCGUAAAGACAGCAAGGAAGCCACCACCGCUGGACCCCAAGGAGCCCCUCAACACUGCCACAGCCAUCGCCGAGUGGGGCCUCGACUACGUGGUCCUCACCUCUGUUGACAGGGACGACAUUCCUGAUGGGGGUUCGUCUCACAUUGCUGAAACGGUGAAGGAACUGAAAAGGCAGAACUCGUCCAUCCUGGUGGAGUGUUUGGUGCCUGACUUUGGUGGCAACAAGGAUAGUGUCGCCACCAUUGCCUCGUCCGGCCUCGACGUGUUCGCCCACAACAUUGAGACGGUGGAGUCCCUCACCCCACGCGUCCGUGACCCUCGGGCCCGAUACAGACAGUCACUGAAGGUGCUGGAGGAGGCCAAGGCAGUGAAGGCCAACCUGGUGACCAAGUCGUCCAUCAUGCUGGGCCUUGGGGAGACAGAUGAGGAGGUGCUGCAGACCAUGAAAGACCUGCGCAGUGCUGGUGUGGACUGCCUGACACUGGGCCAGUACAUGCAGCCCACCAAGAGGCACCUGAGAGUGGCUGAGUACGUCACCCCAGACAAGUUUGAUGAGUGGCAGCAGUCGGGGGAAAGACUCGGGUUCGCCUACACUGCAAGCGGCCCCCUUGUCCGCUCCUCCUACAGGGCCGGGGAACUCUUCCUUAAGAAUCUGCUGCAGGAGAGGAAGCAGAAGGGGACCACGGAUAGCAGAGAAAAGAGUGAAGCCUGAGGUGGUCCCGCCCUCCACGCCACACACUGUAUAUAAUGUUGGGGUUGUGCAAUCACUAGGAGGUAAGAGAGCGUGAACAGUUUUAAGUUGUAGAGGUUUUUUAUCCUGUUGAGACCACCAAUUUUGUGUGACUUUCAUGGUAAGGCACAGAUAGGUAGGUGGCAUAGUAGUGUGUGUUGCAAGGCGCUGCUCAGUUCCCGUCGCAGUACUUUGGAUGUUGUGAGGUGACCACGCUCCCUGAGGAAUCUGCUGAAUGUGCACUGCUGCCAUCACAUAACCAGUGGAUCCCUCAAGGAGUCCAGUCAGCUCACAUCAUCUGGUUAUGGCAAUACUUACGUCAAAAACAAAAUUUCUUUAUAAGUAUGGCCCCUGGACCUUACCGAAGCAUUGUGACAACUGAGCAUCACUGCCACACACACUAUUACACAUGCCUGUUUCUGCCUUACAAUUUGUGCGAGGUAACUUAAUUUUUGGAUUUGCAAACACUACGGAUAGUUAAGUUUGUAGUUAUAAUCUAUUUGCCCUGAUAUUGUUUGAAAUAUUUCCACUUUAUACGCUGCUUUUUAGGUAAAAUAUCAAUUUGUUUAGUGCACAAACCUAAAAUUUCCAGAGAAAUCUCUUAAAUUAACUUUGUGUCCUGGAGCCUUCUCUGUAUGUAUUUUUCUGUGAUGCUUCAGAUAAUAUUAAAUUAACUUUGUGUCCUGGAGUCUUCUCUGUAUGUAUUUUUCUGUGAUGCUUCAGAUAAUAUUAAAUUAACUUUGUGUCCUGGAGUCUUCUCUGUAUGUAUUUUUCUGUGAU